AACAACGACACACUCUGAUGGAGACUUUUUGUAUCUGAGCUUUGUAUCCUAACAUGUUGCUGUCUCAUCUGAAGUAACACCACAGAGCUACUCCUCUGUGCUCGGCUCUACUAUGUGACGUGUUUACAAUCUUUUAACUUUAUCAUUUGUUAUUAAAUGCUGACCAGAGCAACGAUAGCUAACGCGUUAGCUCGCUAGCUCGGCAUCAAGAUAAUGUUAACAUACUUACAUUGGUAAGCACUUAAACUAUCUAACUCGACUAAGUACCGCAUGCAGAUGACACUUGAUGGAGGACUACGACAACUUUGUGCAGAAUCGUCUCUCUCAGUUGAGGAAAAGUGAUGAGGAGGAGGAACACAAACCUUUAGCUGUAUCUUCUCUCAUCCGCUUCUAUGGACAACCCAUCCUUCCUCCUCUGCUCUCAGGGGAACAGAGAGAUGAAAUGCUGCGACACAGAGAUGCAGCACAGAAGGCUGCAGCCCACAGACAGUUUAAGGACAAUCAAAGGAUGGCCUAUGUGCAAACUAUUCUACACAGUGUUCAGCUGAGGAAUACGCCAACAUUGGAGGAGUUGCUUCAAGAAUCAGAGAUUAAAACUAAGUCUUCAUAUUCCCAUAACACCAAUUGUGGAUCAGAGUCGCACAGCAGUUUCUCUAUAGGGACAAAGGAUAGUCUGUCACUCUUUUCACCACCAGUGAGGAAAGGAGAGGAUGGCAUUUCUCUUCUUCCAUUGUCAUCAACUACAUAUAGUGCCUUUUUCACCUCUAAUGUGACACCUCAGACAAGUUACCAGGAGGGAUGCCUUAUUGACCAUCACGACAGCCAACAGCUACUUCAACCAAGUUCACUUAAUGGUGAGAGCCACCAGUCAGUGUCCUCAGGCUAUGUGACCUACGAGAAUGUCGAAAACACCACCAGUGUCUCUGAAAGGAUUUAUAUAGGGAGAGAGAGCCAUGGCUUCGGUUCUAUGGAGGGAGCUGAUGAUAUGGGUGGCUUUUUCCUUCACAACACCUCUAACACAAUCGCCAAGAUGCCAGAUAUUAUUAGCCACCCUCCCAUUGAUGGAGAGGAACUGGAGAGAAGCGGACUAGAGUCAUCCUUUUGUAAUCAUUUUAUACCUAUUGAAGACAAUUGUACCUCACUCCAGGAGGAUGCAGUCACAUGUGACUACUUUCCAGGAGAAGAAUCUGAAAACAGCCAUCUGGACAGUACAGAGAGUGAAGUUGACCUUCCCUCUACCACAGUACUUGACCUUGACAAAGAUGGAAAUUUGGACAGAAUUGAGGUCCCAGUGUCUUCGUUAGACAACAGUGACUUCUCAGACAAUCCAGAGUUAUCGCAGACAUUAAACUCAGAACAGCGUGUCCAGCACACCUGGGGAGAAACAGAACCAGCAGACAACCAGUCAGAAGAAGCGGACUCAAAACUUUGUGAGCAGCAUUAUCGUCUGAGCCUCCAGGCCUUGCUUAAGAAAUCUCAGGAGUAUCGGCGGCACCAGCGGAUGCUUAGGAGCCAAGCCAGAAACACUAAAAUCCAAGAGAGAGCACAAGAACAGCCAAGAGUUGAGGAGCAGAGUCUCUCUGACAAGGAGAAUGACGAGUUCCCCUUCAAGGGGACAGGGAGUCCAGAGGGGAAGAAAACUAAAGAGAUGAGAGGCACUUUUAUCCCAUCAGUGGAAACUUCACCAAAGAAAUCUUGGGAAAAUGAAAGGAUGAUUGGAAGUGAGUUAACUGGAAAAAGGGCGAACUGUAAAUCUGAAAGCACACAUUUAACAGGAGGUGGAAAUAUGAAGGAAAUGACAAACACUGAGGAAGAAACAACCUUAAUAAAUAAUAAGCUGAACAUUUCACAAGAGGUCAUAACAGAACCUAAAGAAAUCAACAACUUCCUUAAGAAACAGUCUGUGUCAUCAGAAAACUCCCAGGCCCAGGAAUCCUUUUAUUUGACCAGUGAGCAAACUACUGGACUGGGCAAAUUUUGCACACUCCCAGCCCUGAAUUUCUGUCGGAGUCCUGUUCACUGCAGGGGGAGAGCGAGUAUCAAAGAUGAAGAAGCCGGGACCUCGAAGGGGAAAGUUUUUCUCAAUAACAGCUUGAAUGAAGUCUGCAAGGUUGAAGAUGGUAACCUGGGACAUCAAAACUGUCAGAGUACAGCAGUUCAGCAUGUGGUUGAAGGUGAUGUAACAAGUGUUUUAGCCAAGAGUUCACAGCACAUCGAUCAGCUUGAGUCAAACCUGUCCAGUCUGAAAGUUCUGAUCUCAGAUCUGGAGUCCACGCUGACAGAAAACCUGGAGAAUAGUAGCCAAACAGAGAGCAACCUUCAUAGCGACGUCUGUUUGGAAGGCGUCAAGCACACAGAGCAAAUUAAAGAUGAUAAAUAUAUGCAGCUCGGUCAAAGUGAUUGUGACUAUUGGGAGGACAAGCUGACGGAUGAUGGUGAUAGCAGUGAUGCGGAGCGAGACCAAAUGUGCAGGGAGUGGCCGUCAUCUGACAAUUGCAAGAACAUGCACAAAGAUUCAGGACCUGAACCAAGCAUUAGUGACACAGAUGACAUUUCUCUCAUCCUGCAGGAAGAAGGAAAAGAGGCAGUUCAGUUAACAGAGCUCAGGCUUGUCAAAACCUUAACUACAGAAAGAAAAAAGGAGAGAGUUGCAGAUAAAGAAAGACUAACCCAGAGUUAUGGACAGACAGGCAUCUAUAGAAAGCAGCCACAAGCUAAAUGUAUCCUCUCUGCAGCACAGCGGAUGCGCAUUCCAGAUGUAUUCCGAAACGCUCCAUCUGAAACCCUGGCUCCACAUCAUGUCUCCAUCCUGUCAGAUACCAGUAACCACCCAGUUGAUAGGAGGAAUGAGUUAGCCUUGGAAGGUCACGACUCCACCCACUCGCCAUCUCUCAACCAGUCAUACGAUGUGGACACACCGUCUGGACUGUGGCUCCUCGAAGGCUCCGCCUCUGACUUGGGCUCAAAAGGUCAGGGUGUUCAGGAGAAGAAUCUGACCCCAGAGAGUGGGGGCGAAGGUCAGGCUUGGGUAUCCAAGGUCAAACGGAGGCUGCUCAUGCACCUUACAGAGGAGAGCCUGGACAGGAGCGCAGAUACCAGCAGAGGAGCUGACUCGGACGUCAGACCCAACUCUAGUACUCCCCGAGCUGCAGUGCGGUGGAGUGAAGGUCAUGGCCAUCAGAAGGACAAACAGGAGCAACUAAAACAGGCCCACGCUGCUCAGGUCAGAGCCCUGCAAGAGGAGCACAGGAGACAACAGGAGGAACUACUGCAGGCCUUGGCGGCGCGUUACCAUCUCCUCCAGAGCGUGUCCCUCCCUUGCUCCAUGUCAAGCUCACGUCUUGGGGACACAAUGACCUUUUCUACCCUCUCUCAGCCCUCCAGCUCUCUCCCAGAGCGCUGCCGCCCCCUGCUGUUAGCAGCUGCAAAAGGUUUUUUAACUCGGAGGCUGCUGAGGACCGAGAGAGUGGCGCAGCUGGUGCGCACCAUCGGGGAUACGCAGCAGUUCCUGCAGGCCUUCCAGCAGCAGAGCCCUGGCAGGGGGGGACUCUGUAGCAGACAGGACCUUUUACUGCAGGAGAGAGUCACUCUUCAGCUGCGCGCCGCACGUUAUGAGCUCUACGACGUAUUCUUCAGCCUGUCAGCCGAAGAGAGGAUGCAGCUGAUCAGCUGGGACAGAGAGCUGGAGAGAGAGAGAGAACUCAGGCGACAGAGUGGGCACACACACCACCCCAGAGGGAAGAGCUCCCUGUCAGCUGCAACUCAAAAAUCGCUGGAGAGGAAGAGAGAAAUGAUGAUCCAGAAAAAGGCGGCGCAGAGGCACAGGGGAGUUGUGACGAAGACUGGACUCAAGACUGGAUUCUCUGACGAGCAGCCUCCAGAUACCAAACGAGGGCAGUUCAGAGCAAAUCCUCAGAGAGUCCCCAAGAGCACUUACUCUUCUAGACCCCGAUGACACUUUCCUAAUUGGCCCCAGUGAGGACUCUUAAUAAGGCCUCCAGCGAUUACAUGAAUAUUGAAUAACAUAACAUUUGAGUUUCCAUAUCCAUAGUCCAAAUUAAACACAAAGUUAUGCCUGUUGCCGACUAAUAUUUCAUAGUACUGUAGUUCUCCAAAUAGGUUGUAAUACAAUAGUGACUACAGCUGACACUGUGGGGACAGAUAUUACAGAGUAGUUUUAUA